AUGGCUUCUUUGAUUUCCAUUUUGCCUAUAAUAUUCGUCUUAUUUACGACACUGAACCACAUCAGUGAGGCUAGAAUCAUUGUUGUGGGAGGAUCAUUGGAUGCAUGGAAGGUUCCAGAACCUUCUAACAACACUCUCAACCAUUGGGCUGAGUCAGUCCGGUUCCAAGUCGGAGACAUUCUUCUUUUUUACUACGAUAACAAGAACGAUUCGGUGUUACAAGUGACAAAAGAGAACUACGAAAGCUGUAACAUAACUAAGCCAUUGAAAGAAUACAAAGAUGGAAACAUCAAAGUGAAACUUGAUGUCUCAGGUCCACACUACUUCGUUAGUGGAGCUUCGACCGGUAAUUGCGGUAAGGGUGAGAAAUUGAUCGUCGUGGUUGAGUCACCUAACCACCCACCCAUGCCGAAAACCGGCCCCGGUGCUGUUCCACCAACUCCGUCAGCAAAACCGCCUACUUCUCUGGCGGCUCCAGCACCAGCUCCGGCCAAGAACACUGCCAUUGGGUUGGUUGCUGGAAAGGGCAUCUACUGGGCCUCGAUUAUGGUUGCUGUCUUUAGGCUCACUUGGGCCUAA